ACGGGAGAUUGCGACAACGAUCGAAAGCAGCCGCCGCCACUCCGGUCGCGGUGCCGAACGCUAAUCCCGACAACUCUUCCGUCAGUACUGCACUUCUCUCUCCUCUCUUUCCCUCUCUCUCCCCGGCAACAAAAUUAGGAUAUCUUGGUAGAUUUCCUUUUUGAAUUAUUAAAUGGUUCAAUUGUUUGAUCAAGAAAAGUGCAAGAAACCAAGCUUAUACUGCAGUGAUUGGUUUUGCAGAUUAAAGAAAAAUGGGAAUAAUUAGGAGCAGUUUCUCGUUUUUGCUAGGAGUCGGCUGUGGUGUUUACAUUGCUCAGAACUACGAGGUUCCGAACAUAAAGAAGCUUGUGAGUACAUGGAUGUUGAAGACGAAGGACAUCGAAGAGACUUAUCGAAAGCCCAAGAAAGAUGAAGACUAGAAGCAUUCACCUAUGGAAAAUUACACUUGAGAAAAAAGAUCAGUAAUACACAGCAAAAACCGCCCUGAUGCCAUAGAGUGGCACAAACAAAUAAAUCUUGGGAUCACAUUUGUAACCCCUGAGAUCUUGGCAAGUAGUUGUUACACUGCAUUCUCAGUUUUUGUCUAUAUUCAUAAUUGAAGUGUUUUCGCCAAUUGCCUUUUGUUAAUGUGAAGUUUUGAAAUAGAAUUAUCUUUUUUGGUACCA